CAAGAUAAAUAAAAAUAUUUAUGCCUUAACAGGAAUGUGUACCAUUGGCUGUUGUAUAUAAUACAAAUAAAUAUAGAUAAUAUAAUACAAAAAUGUUUCUAGAGCCAUUUUUGAUAGAGAUUGCUGUAGCAUUCUAUCUUGCUGCGACUGUAUUAUAUAAAUAUGGAAAUGUAUAUAAACAGCAUAUUAUUGUUACAGUCUCGGUGCUUAUUGCAUGGUACUUUUCACUGUUGAUAAUAUUUAUAUUACCCCUAGAUGUUUCUUCGACUGUUUAUAGACAAUGCUUAGAAAAACACUCACAUAACUUGAGUAAUAUAAGUACAAAUAAUGCUACAAAUACUACAGUUCAUACAUGCAAAGAUCCUUUACCAAACAUACCAGAAAGUGUAUUCCCAAAAUUAUGGAGAAUUGUUUAUUGGACAUCACAAUGUUUAACAUGGUUAAUACUUCCUUUGAUGCAGUCUUAUAUAAAAGCAGGCGAUUUUACAGUACAAGGAAAGUUAAAAUCUGCACUUAUUGAUAAUGCCAUUUAUUAUGGAAGUUAUUUAUUCAUUUGCGGUAUCUUAUUAAUAUAUAUCGCAUUAAAGCCUGGAUUACAUCUAGAUGGUCAAAAGUUAAAAGCUAUUGCUUCCUCUGCAUCAAAUACAUGGGGUUUAUUUUUAUUAGUAUUACUUCUUGGAUAUGCACUUGUAGAAGUACCACGUGGAUUAUGGAAUGCUAGUAAACCUGGUUAUACUCUACAUUAUAGUUAUUUUAAAAUAGCUAAAUUAAGUUUAGACAAAUGUGAGGCCGAAGAAACAGUAGAUGACUUACUUGAGUCUUUACAAGCUGCUUCAAUAUCUAUUGGGCCAGGCCACCCAUAUCAUUCUUAUCUGGAAAUAAUUUUUCAAAAAAUACCUGUUGAACUAAAAGAUAGAAUGAACAGAAGGCAGUUACCAGAUGAUACACCAAUUGAUACUCCCUCAGAAAAAUCCUUAAUUCGAUUACACAGACAGACUAUUAAAGCUUUACAGACAUUGCAACGUGUAGAAACUUUAUGGGGUAUUACAGUGGAUAAGAUUUUUCAUUUGGAAGACGUAGAAAAAAAUCAAGUCAGUCAUGAGAGAAGAUUUAAACCAACAUUUCCUGUACAUCGAUCAUUUCCUCUUCGACUAAUUUAUAAUCCAGUUAUUGAAUGGUAUUGGAAAUGUAUUAUUAAAAGUUAUGUUCAGAAGACUGCUGCCAUUUGUGCUGCUUGUUUAUCUGUAGCUGUUGUGUGGUCAGAAGUAACAUUUUUUAAUAAGUCACCUGUUCUGUCAUUGUUUGCACAAUUUGUUAAAAUAGCUGAAGAAAAUUAUGAUUAUUUAACAAUAGAGGCAUUGUCUACAUACAUCAUUGGUUAUCUUUGUUAUUGUGCUUAUUCAACUGUUUUAAAAAUUCGUGUCUUAAAUUUAUAUUAUUUGGCACCACACCAUCAAACGAAUGAGUAUAGUUUGAUAUUCAGUGGCAUGAUGUUAUGUCGCUUGACGCCACCCAUGUGUCUUAACUUUUUGGGACUUAUUCAUAUGGAUUCUCAUAUUAUAAAAACGCACAUUUUGGAAACACAUUAUACUCAGGUAAUGGGUCAUAUGGAUGUUAUAUCCAUUAUUUCUGAUGGAUUUAAUGUCUAUUUUCCAAUGGCAAUAUUAGCUUUUUGUUUGGCAACCUAUUUUAGUUUAGGAAGUAGAUUACUUUCGAUGCUAGGAUUUCAACAAUUUCUUGAUGAAGACGAAUUUACAACAGAUCUUGUAGAAGAAGGAAGAGAACUUAUUAUACGAGAAAGACGAAAACGACAAAGAGCAGAAGAUGCUAUGUAUAGGAGACGUGAAUACCAAGAACGUUUCAGUAAUACUGGAAAUUCUCGUUAUAGAACAUCUAGACAGAACAUGGAUACAGUACGUUCUUUAAAAAGAGACGAAUCUGUGGAGUCAGCAGGAGCUGGUCUAUUACGUGAUUUUGAUCCAACAGAUUACUAUGUUGGUACAACUUCUGAAAUAAAUUCAUAUGGUGCAAACAGUCACUUUGAUCGUGGUUAUCAAAGUGAUAAUUUGUAUGAAGUACAUUCAGAUAAUGCAAAGUCGUUUCCAUCAAAUUCAAAUCGCGUAGGGCCUGCACCUAAAGGAUUGUUUGAUGAUAUUUAAAAUAAAUAUUAAAAAUAAACAUUCAAAUUUAACCUAUUAUAACAGAUAUAAUCAAAUUUUUAUUUGAUUAUUAUUAUUCACAAUUUAAUAA